UUUGUCCAAGCCUGCACCACGCGCCCUUGUCAAGCACUCUUAAAAGGAUACAUGACUCUGGACAAAACGCUUUCUGGUUACCUUAUUUUUUAAUUUUCCAAUUCACUAAACAACCAGAUAUGAGUGAAUGUAUUUAUAUGAUAGUGUAUAAGCUACUGUACUAUAGUUGAAUUAGGAUUUUCAGCUAUUUAACGUUUUUGAACACUUGGUGUUUUGAGAAGAACAAUAGAACGAUGAAAUUUCCAUUAGAAAACCCCCGGAAACAAGUAAAUUGGGACCCAGAACAAGUGGCGGUCCAGACCAACUUGGAUCCACCAAAUAAGGUCCAAUCAGAGAUGAUCCAAUCCAGCUUGGUCCAGGCCAGCGUGGCAGCCAUGCAGAAUCCCAUGGGCUGUGAUUUCAAGGCCAACGGGCACUGCCCUCUGCCACGCCUCUCCAUCUCUUCCCGCUCCGCCAGCGUAGUGGCCAGCAUGGAUGCCAGCACGGACGGCCUGGCGGCUCUCCACUCCGUGAUGAAGUGGAAGACGGUGGUGGCGGUGUUUGUGGUGGUGGUGUUCUACCUGGUGGCUGGCGGGCUGGCCUUCCAGGCGCUGGAGAAGCCCUUUGAGAGCAACCAGAAGGACAGCAUCACCCUGGAGAAGGCCUCGUUCCUGCUGAGGCACCGCUGCGUCACCCCCGCUGAACUGGAGGCUCUGAUCAAGCAUGCCAUAGACGCUGUGAGCGCCGGGGUGAGUCCCGUAGGAGACACCUCCUACAACUCCUCCCACUGGGACCUGGGCAGCGCCUUCUUCUUUGCUGGCACAGUCAUCACCACCAUCGGUUAUGGUAACAUAGCCCCAAGUACCGAGGGAGGUAAGAUAUUCUGUAUCCUGUAUGCCAUAUUUGGCAUCCCACUAUUCGGUUUCCUGCUGGCAGGGAUUGGUGACCAGCUGGGCACCAUCUUCGUGAAGAGCAUUCUGAAGGUGGAGAGGAUUUUUAAGCAAAAACACAAACAGAUCAGCCAGACUAAGAUCCGAGUGACGUCCACCAUCCUCUUCAUCCUGGCCGGCUGCAUAGUCUUCGUCACCAUCCCGGCCGUCAUAUUUAAACACAUCGAGGGAUGGACCACUCUGGAAGCCAUCUACUUUGUGGUCAUCACUCUCACCACUGUCGGCAUAGGAGACUAUGUAGCCGGUGGUGACCGAAGAAUCGACUACAUGAAGUGGUACAAGCCAGUGGUGUGGUUCUGGAUCCUGGUGGGCCUGGCGUACUUUGCGGCAGUUUUGAGCAUGAUUGGGGACUGGCUCAGGGUUCUGUCCAAAAAGACCAAGGAGGAGGUGGGGGAGUUCAAGGCCCACGCGGCCGAGUGGAAGGCCAACGUGCGGGCGGAGUUCCGCGAGACGCGGCGGCGCAUGAGCGUGGAGCUCCACGACAAGCUGCAGCGGGCGGUCACCAUCCGCAGCAUGGAACGCCGUCAGCUGGGGCUGGAGCAGCGGGCCCACUCCCUGGACAUGCUCUCGCCCGAGAAGAGAGCCGUGUUCGCCAGCCUGGACGCGGGCCGCUUCAAGACGUCCUCUCAGGAGAGCAUCGACACCAAGCUGAACAACCUGCGCGUGCGGGGGGCCGUGGAGCCAUACGAGGAGCGGCGGCGGAGCAGCGAGCAGCCCCAGCGGGCCUCGCCCUCAUCCUCCGACGACAACCUCUUCAACAUGCGCUUCGGCUCGCUCACCAAGGUGUCCAAGCGCCAACGCAACCGGGACCUGCGGCAGAACGUCCCGGAAGACGUGCGGUUGGCGUGCGAGGCCAUGGGUGGGGGAGGAGGUGGCGCUGGCACAGCCCUGGGAGAACAGAAGGAUGAAGGACAGAGAGAAGGAGAGCUGGAAGAGGAGGAGGAGGAGGAGAGGAAGGAAGCCAACGUCAGUUUGACCGAUCUGCCAACAUGCACGGCAGAUUGCGUUAACCUGAGCGGCUUUGUGCCAGCUCAGGCCAAAGAGAGAGAGAACGAGAAAAUACUGGAAGGAAGAAACUUUCAGCCUCAGACAAGCCCAUAAACAUGCUCAGAUGCAGAUUCAGAAAGAGAAAGAGAAAGAGAAAGAGAGAAAGAGAGAAAGAGAGAGAGAGAGGGUGCGAGAAACAUGAAACAAUAACAGGACUUUGAGGGGCAGUUUUUUUUCCAUUGUCUUGAAAUGUGCCUUUUCUGUUUUCUCCGUGUAGAUCUGGGCAUGCUCUGAAGUCUCUCUAGGCUAAGUUAACAGUCACUGUGUCCUAGUGAUGGAGAAACGUCAGAAUUUGUUGCCAAAAAUAGACAUGAUGGAAGCGACAGAGUACGAGGCUAUGGUCAUACGCCGUACGUCUCAUGAAUAAAACAGCACCUCUACAUAUACUCUCCAUUCCCCCAAACUCAGUUGCCAAGACGCUUUCCUCCUCUGCGUACUUGACAAAAACGACAAAGACAAGGUGGGAACAUUCUCUUCGACUUGGGGGCUGAUGUGAGCCAGUGACCCAGAGACCCUCCGUCUCACCCUCCGGCUGAAUUCCUCACAAACAUAUCGAUCUACACUUUGCCAUCUAAUACCGCAGGAGCUAUUUUUAGCAUCAGGCGAUGGAGCUGCUGGGUUAACCUGAGUAAUAAGAAAGACUUGUUGGGGGGGGGUGGUGGUGCUGGAUCAAUGGACAAUAUAGUGUUCAUUUAUUUAAGUACUAAUAUUCUUACACGAUAGGAUUAUGAAUAAUAACUGUGCUAAUAGCUCACGCCAAACAAGAAUAUUACUCUGUGUGCAUGGUAAUUUAAAACAACACUUGGUUUUCUGACGCUCUCAGGUUGGAGUAAGAUGACUUGAAUGUGAGGUGAAAGCCUAAGGCUAUCUGUGCUAGUGGUUGUUGGUUCAACUGAACGAAAGCGAUAAUACAUCGUACUGUAUAUGAAAUCCAGGAGGAAAUCUUACUGCUGAGCUUGUUUGUCUAAUAAAGUAAUUACUAGUAGUUUCCCUAGAACUAGGAAAGUCAUUAUCUAAAGUAGUCACAUCCUUUAAGGCCAGGUGUCAUAUUGAUCUGGUGGACAUACGACAUGUCUACCAUUCUUGGAAAGGUCCAUAUCACCAUGUUUUUUUAUAAAUAUUUAUUUUUGCUGAAAUAUUUGUGUUGGUUCUCACAACAAAGACUGUUUGAUUGAUUGUCUGAUUCUGAAUGUUAUUGAGUUGAGUAUUUUUUUUAUAUCUCACUGUUAGAGUAUGUUUGCAUGGUUGUCGUUUGACCCAUAUUGUAAUUGAUCCUUGCUAUCUUUUGGACCCACACACACAUCAGAUUGUCCCAAUGACCAAUCACGUUGGUCCUCACAAACGCCUGUGUUGUUGCUGUGCUUCCUGAAGCUUUACACUCCAAAAUGUUAGCCAAUUUUCUACCGUUUUUUCUACUCAUUUAUGAUGUAUACAUAGGGUGAACAGGUGCUGUCAGCCAACACGGUUACAUCAUCAUUGUAGUUGUUGUAAGGGAGAAAACUCCUGUACGGUAUCAUCUGACUGCAAAGCAUGUGUUCCCAAUGGUGAAUAUUGUUACUGUAGAUACUGGUGUAAACCCUGACUGUGCUUCAUACCAGCGUUACCAUGACUUGUGGGUUGCUCUCGCUCAGUUGAUCUGCUAUUCCCCCCCAAAAAGUUGUGCAAACAUUACAUCAAA